AUGGGUGGAAGCACCGUGCUUAUUAGCUUUCAACAAGAAAAAAGAUUCAGAUCUGUCUUUACAGAUUCAGCUGCAUGUAAUGUCUACAAAACCUUAUUCACCAAUGCUGUUGAGAUUGUGAGCUCUGACGCUUUGGCUACAAUUGCAAUGGCUACAGCUGUCAGCAUCGUGAAUGUGAAAGGAAAGAUGGGAUUCCCUCCUUUCAGUUUAGAUCCAGAGACUUUGAUGGGGAAUGUGGAUUUGUCAGGAGAACGAAAGAUGUUUCUUUUCCAAACCAAACAUGAUUUUAUUGUUCCUGAUUACAAUCUCGACCUUUGCGUCAGCGCAGCCAAAACUUCUGCAGCAAACCAAGGAUUUAACCCAGACCUGAAGGUUCAACAUUUCAUGGACACUGUACAGUAUCCACCUGGGGUGACACUCUCUCGUUUCAAUUGUGCUAACCAUUUAGUGUCCAUUAGAAAUAAUGACAACAAGUCGAGUUUAUCACUCACUCUAGAUGAGCCCAGUGUUGCCAAUCAUAUAUCGAGUGAGAGCCACAUGAACAACGACCAUAGCCUUUUAUCGGAUUCAAAUCUGGGUCAGACUGCUGCAAACAAUAAUAAUUAUAAUAAUUAUUUGAUCGACCCAACCAUCUCCAUGAUGGACGAAGAUCAACAACAACAUGACUUUGAUACGAUUAACCAGAGAAUUUUGAUGCAAGAACCAGAAGAGCAUAAUGGUAGUAUCAUUACCACUGAUAAUGGUACCGAAUCUCAAGUGGGAGUACUUUCGGAAGGCCAGCAACAGCAACAACUAUUACCCUCAUCACAACAACAAUCCAGUAUGUCUUCGGAGGUGUUUUCCCAAACUACCAAAUCCAAUGAGACUCAAAUUCCCAAUGAAAACAGGAACAAUAUUCUCAAUUCUUCCGGUGACCUUCAACAACAAUUGAAAUCUUCCAAACGGAAAAGAAUUUCAGUGUAUGUGGUUGGCCAAGAACGAGCAAAUCUAUUCUUGGUUGCUAGAGAUGAUUUACUGUCGGAUAAAACAUGUAUUGAGCUUGUGGAAUUUCCUGUAUCAACAAAGUCUCAAGGAAAUAUCAAUAUUAUCAAUUCGAGUAGUAAUUUAUUGAACAGCUCUAGUAUCACAAACAAUGUGGGUGAUCGAAAGAUUAUUUAUAUUCACAACACGAAAAUGAAGUGCUUGUAUGCUUCCAUCAGUCACCAGAGAAAUAUUCUGGCCUUUACACAUUUUUUUGUUAGUAAUAACCAAGUACAUUUUCAAAUUUUUAUAGUUGAAAUUAACUCCACGUUGAGUACAAGUGACCUGAAAAGCGAAGAAUCAAUUUCCAAGUUUCAAAAACAACAAAAUAGAUAUGUUUUUAGCCCACCUCAGACAUCAGAUAUGAUUUUCCAUUGUGUACAAUUUAUUCAUCCUCCCCAGACAGCAGACUCCAACUCCAGUUUUGAUACCAAAAGUUGUAGAUUUUUUCUCGUCACAGAAAAGCAGUCCAUACGAAUGUUUAACAUUUCCAUAACAGAGUCAUCGAGCAACUUUUUUAUCAAUAUUUUCAAAAAGAACCAACAAUCGAGCAUUAACAUUGAAGAACUUGUAAUAUUUGUGAAACACUUUGUGUGGUGGCAAUACGAUCCAGUGCGAAGUUUACUUUAUUACAUGUUAGUCCGAGAGGACAUGAAUAAUUCGCGCGAUUCUCAUGAGAUGCUUAACAACGAGCUGAGGAAAACAUGCUGUUCUCUAAGAUGCAUUUCAAUAUCGGAAAAAAAGCCUAACCAAUUAUUUGAAUGCUUAAUUCCUGUGAAUAUUCAUCGCUCGCUGCUCAGUGACAACCUAAAAAUGAAGAGCGACAUUAUUCGAACUCCGUGGCGAUCAGGACCAAGUUCUCAUGACCUUAAUUCCCAUUUUCAAAUUAUUCGAUUGGAAAAUAAUGGUAUUUGUUUGUGUCAACAACAACCAAAAUUCUCCAACAACCUUCCAGAUAAUUAUAUUGAUGCCGUCAUUUUUAUUUUACAUCACAAGAAAAAGAUGCAUUUUUCAGUACCUGUCCCUUCUCGUUAUUCCCGAAAACAUCCACGAUUAUUUUUUGGCUCAUGUAGAGACACAGUGAUUGUAUAUCUUCCAGGAUGGUAUUUACAAAUCAUUGAUUGUUCCAAGGAUCAUGAACCUUGGCCUCUUAUGAAUUUUAUAGGACACGAUACAGUUCCUCACUUGACCCACCCUAUAGCCGAGUCUAGAAGUAAGGGCAAAAAAAUUGAGCAAGCUCUUAGUUUAUACUCGCUUUCGAAUUCUACUAAUUACAUCCUAGAUUUAUCUCGUGGAUAUUUGUAUAAUUAUGAUUUUAACUUGGAUAACAUGUUAAAUUGGAUUGUACGAUUGAAGAAACAUCAAUUUUUCACUCCUCAAAAUUUUUGCGAUUACGACUCUGUAAAUAUAAGAAAGAUUACGAUACAAUUUUUACACUUGGCUAUUACACACUUUAGAAAUAAUAUUUUUACGGAUCGUAUAAUACGUACCCUUUGCGAGCCGUUUAAAACUAAUUGUGGAUUGUGUGAGGAAUUUUUGACACUUGUGGACGAUGAAGUUCUGUUUAUGGAAUAUUUAAUAGGUGCAGGAUAUAUGGAGUUGCAAGGAAUGAUUCAUUCUUCGACUACUCAGGGAUCAACUACAAGCACAUCAGUACCUGACAAGGAGUUUUUAAGACACAUUCCUAUAUCUCUGCUAGAAUGUGGAGGAGAAAGCGUAUUUGUAGAUAGUUGCUACUGUGAGCAGAAUCCAUUUGUUAGCACUAAAAUUGCCAAUGUCAUGGGAAACACUAGUUUCACACGUUCUUAUGAUAACAUUGUACGAGUGUCUUCAUUUCCACGAGAUGGGGCAUCAUGUGCUUUGGAUCUUUUCAAACAAGUCAAGUCUAACAUUAGUAAUGAUCCAAAAUCCAUUCCUCUCGCUGCCUACCUUGUUCAUAACAAAAAUCAUAUCAUUCAAGGAUCUGCAUCGCCGUCACACCCAUCCGGAAACGUUUCUCCAAUGAAAUAUUUGGACGAGAAACACUCAACAUAUGCUAAAAAGUGGUACAAUUUCUUUCAUUCAAGAAGUGACAGUGCAGAAGAUGCUUUCAGCAGCUCAUUUCCAGAAGAUGAGGAAGAAGAAGAACCACAACUUACAAUUCCCAAGAAAUCACCACUCUCUAAAAAGAUUGAUUUUUAUUCAGAGAAAUCAAAAACUGACUUUAUUGAUAUUUUGAGUUAUUUUUUAUUAGCCAAUAAUCCCAGAUAUCAAGCUGUUGAGCUUCAAGAAUACACAUCUUCUGGACCAACAAAAGCGACCAGAAUGAAAACAAUCCUCGACUAUACUACUACAUUGUUUCACCUCUCACAACACUUGUUUACGACAGUGACGGAGAUUUUACACACGUUCAAUCAGAAACGGAAAUUGGAAAUGUUGCAACUACAUUCAUCAAUGAACAAUGAAAUUAAUUUAGAAAAGAGCAACACUUUAGAACAGCCUUAUCCCAUGUGGUAUUUUAAUUUAUUACAAAAAUUGCAUGUGAGUUUGGAAGAAACUAAUUUCCCGUCACCUACUGGUUUUCAAGAACAUUUUGCAACCGUUGGAGUUCACUUGUUACCACUUUCCACACUAUCUCAGUACAUUACUCGAGAUCUGUUCGUUGUUACCGAUCAAGUAUUGGCGGAAGUUGUCAAAAAACAAUCUCAACAACAGAAAAACAGUAGAAACGCUUUACAUGACAAUUCCAAAGAGUGGUCUUAUUUAAUGCGAACUCUCAUUCAAAAACUUCAUGACAAGGAUUUUCGAGAUGUGUAUUAUUAUGAGAAGAUGUUGUAUGCGUUGGAGACAGAUCCAUCAUUUUCUUCUGUUGUAUCUUCUGAACAUUUCUCUGAAGUGAUCAACAAUACUUUGUUGAAUUAUUAUCAUGCAGUUCUCGUUGAACAUAUCAACAAUUCUGUGAAAGCUUCAAAUGUGACGAACAACAAGCAACGAAUUACAGUGACACCAUUAGAUAAUUUACAAUUUCUUGAAGAGUUUAAACGACAACGUGAAGAACAUUUGGAUCCAUCCAUGUAUUCAACCUCGUUACCUUUGACAUAUUUCUUAAUGGCAAUCAAAGCUCUGAAUUCGAGCUUACUUCCCAAGCCCACAUUAUUGAAAACAUAUUAUUCUGCUGCAUCUCCUCUCGAUGAUUCAGGCAGCGAGGAAGAUUCUCAAAACACAUCACAAAACUUUUAUUCACUGAUUCAAAGUGUCGAGUAUUGCUCAGAGGAGAAUGAUAACUAUGUUUCGUUCUUGAAAGAGAGGUCAGAAACUAUACUUUCUUUAGGUGGAAUGAAAAAUUUGCUAAAAUAA